UACAUUUAGAUACACGAUUCAAUUCUACCAGACACAAAUAAAAAUGGUGGUUCUGUAGUUCAGAUUAGUCCAAGAAAACAAUUUCUGUAACUUGAAGUAAAAUAUUAAUGAUAACAGAAGCUUUAUAAAGUGAAAAACGUUUUCAUGAUCAUAAAAAUUGCAGAAGUUCAACGGGUGUGAUUACGUGGUGUGUUAACAAAAGUCGUGUUUGACAAAUAACAGGUUGUUGGAGACACCGAUUUCGCUGCACUUUUAAAUGGUGUUAUUUUUAUCUGUAAUAAGAUUAUUUUAUUUGCAUUAACGUGUGCUUACCGGUGGCUAAUUCGUCCGUUGAAGCGUUUACCGAGGAGCUAUACUGAAGAAACAAAAAGAGAGUUCCAAAAGACCAUUCCAAUUAAUCAGCAUGUGACCCAAAUCUAAGAUUUCUCUUCUUUGUGUUCUACGGGUCCGAGCAUUUUACAAAUAGAGAGGCACCAGGAUAUCAGACAAGCCGUAGCAACGCCACAAGAGACCAGUAUUUGUCGGGAUAUGACAUUUUAUGGACCUGUCACGGUUGAGUUCAGCUCUCUGGGGGUCAGGUGCACGAGACCCGCUUUUCAGCAAUAUUGUCUAAAUACAACAUAAAUGCACGCUCGGACUUUACUGCAGUCAAUCUUUUUGCGAUUAUAAGUGCUCGUACCAGGAAAAUAAAUACCUUGUGUUGUUUAAAUGUCCAUUCGCAUGUUUGUGUGUGCUCAACAAGUGUACAGUGGUAGUGCAACAUGAGGAUCAAGGAGUCACCGCUGACAUCAAGCUGCCAGCAUUAGGAUGCCACAGGAUGGCUCACGCAGAAAAUCACAGAUACAUUGUGCAGGUGUUUGUGGGUGCACUCUCAGCACAAUAUGAGGCUCUGUCAGUGGAAGCGUCCAAACAGACAAGCUCCGAUGAGAUAGUUUGUUGCAUUGCUGACAAACUAAACUUAAACAAUGGCUCCGGAGGACCAUAUGAAUUGGCAGAGGUGGUGGGAGACGUGGUCAGCGGCGAGUGCAAGGAGCGCCGGCUCGGGCCCAACGAGUCGCCCGUGGCCGUCAUGCUGCUAUGGCCCAACAGCACCUCCGGACAGUACUAUAGGUUCUACCUCCGUGAGAAAAUACCAGACGAACCGUGGAUGGAGAACUUUUCGGUCGACCCGCAGCUAAUAAAAGACUACUUCCAGAGAUUUCUAUAUCAGCCGAAGGACCGCGAAUAUCCAGACCUAUGCCAGCUACCGGAACUAAAUGAACAGACGCUAUUGGAUAACUUGAGAGCGAGAUUUGCGGCCGGAUACAUUUACACAUACGUCGGUUCUAUAUUAAUAGCCCUCAAUCCUUUCAAAUUCUAUCCUAUCUACAACCCGAAGUAUGUGAAGCUAUACCAGAAUAAGAGGAUAGGCUCAAGUCUCCCGCCGCACAUCUUCGCGGUCGCCGACGCAGCUUACCAUCACAUGGUCCGCGAGAGAAACAACCAGUGUAUAGUGAUCAGUGGAGAAAGUGGUUCCGGGAAAACAGAGAGUACGAAUUUCCUGCUGCAUCAUUUGACGGCGCUCAGUCAGAAGGGUUCGCACGGCAGCGGCGUCGAGCAAACGAUACUAAGCGCCGGGCCGGUGUUAGAGGCGUUCGGAAACGCGAAAACUGCCCACAAUAACAACUCCAGUCGUUUCGGGAAGUUCAUCCAAGUAAAUUACAAGGAGAAUGGCAUGGUCCAUGGAGCGGUUGUGCAAAAGUAUCUGCUGGAGAAGUCGAGGAUAUGCAGUCAGGGGCGCAACGAGCGGAAUUACCAUGUGUUUUACUACUUGUUGGCGGGUGCGUCGGAGCAGGAGAGGGAGCAACUGCAUUUGCUCAGUGUGGACAAGUACCACUACUUGUCGCGCACGGGCUGCAGCGUGGUGCCCGGUGUGGACGAGCAGUACGAGUUCUCGCGGCUCAAGCAGUCCAUGGAGAUGGUUGGCUUCACCAUGGACAAGCAGCGGAGACUUUUCGCUGUCCUGUCUGCGGUUCUACUUCUAGGCAACGUCGAGUUCCAACCACAACGCAAAUCAUAUCACCACGACGAGGCGGUGGGCGUGCGCAACCCCGAGGUGGUGUCGCUGAUCUCGUCGCUGCUGCGCGUCAAGCAAGAGACUCUGCUGGCCGCGCUCACGUCCAAGCGCGCGCGCGCCUCGGGCGAGACGCUCGUCAUCAACUACAGAAUGGGAGAAGCUAUAGCGACCCGCGACGCAAUGGCCAAGUGCCUGUACGGAGCGCUGUUCGACUGGAUCGUGAUGCAGGUCAACCACGCGCUGCUCUCCAAGAAGGACACGCUGCGGGAUCACCAGGGCCACAGUAUCGGCGUGCUAGACAUAUUCGGUUUCGAAGACUUCGGCCCCAGCAACAGCUUCGAGCAGCUCUGCAUCAACUACGCGAACGAGCACCUGCAGUACUACUUCAACCAGCAUGUGUUCAAAUACGAGCAGGAGGAGUACCGGCGGGAGGGCAUCCGGUGGACGGACAUCGGCUUCUCGGACAACACGGGCUGCCUGCAGCUCAUCGAGGGCAAGCCGGGCGGGCUGCUGUGCGUGCUGGACGACCAGUGCAAUUUCCCCUGGGCGACGAACGACACGCUCCUGCAAAAGUUCAACUCCGUGCACGAAGACAACCCGUUCUAUGAGAAGCCGCAGCGACGCGAGCCGGCGUUCGUGGUGCGACAUUACGCCGGCAGGGUCAAAUACCAGGCGACAGCGAUGCGCGAGAAGAACCUGGACUUAAUGCGGCAGGACAUCGUGAGCGUGUUGAAGAACUCGUCGCUUGCGUUCGUUCGGGAGCUGGUCGGUGUGGACCCGGUCGCUGUGUUCCGCUGGGCCAUCGUUCGUGCCUUUUUCAGAGGGUACUUCGCGUUCCUGGAGGCGGGGCGGCGCCACCGCGGGCUGCGCGGCGACGGCGCCUCCAGGGUGCCGCGCGGCUCGCUGCACCACAACGACGGCCUGCUGGGAACCAACCUCACACCACUAGAGGCGGGGAAACACAGGCGAGACUCGCGACCGCGCGGUUCGCUCUCCUCUGACCUUCUCGGAACGCCGCGCGCGCCCGCCGCUCGCGCCACGGACGCGCGGCGCGCCGAGCCGCCGCCUAGACAAGGGGGGAAAGGGACAAAAAAUUACAGACUCGCCGAAACGCGCACGCGCCGCCUCGAGCGCGAGAGGGACGAGCGCACGUUUGACGACACCGACGUCAUGCAGCGCGCCAGCCAGAUCGUUAUGAAAUACAAGUCGUUCAGGCCGCGCGAGCGCGCCAAGAAGGGGCUCAAGAACCUGCAGUCGGUGAAGACGGUCGCGGGCCGCACCGCCGCGCUGGCCGGCAAGAGGAAGCAGCCGCUCACCGUGGCCGCGCAGUUCCAGCACUCGCUCGCCGCGCUUAUGGAGACGCUCAACCAGGCUAACCCCUUCUUCAUCAGAUGCAUAAAGUCAAACAGCGACAAAGUCCCAAACGUGUUCGACGAGGAAACCGUCCAACGUCAACUGCGAUACACGGGCAUGCUGGAGACGGUGCGGAUCCGGCAGGCUGGAUACAACGUCCGGCUGACGUAUGAGGAAUUCAUACAGUUGUACCGGAUACUUCUGCCGAAGGGGCUGCUCAGCUCGCAGAUUGAUGUUAGGCAUUUUCUGGCCAAGUUGAACUUGGAUAGGGAUAAUUAUCAGCUCGGUGCGACGAAGAUCUUCAUGCGCGAGAGCGAGCAGACGAAGCUGGAAUACAAGCUGCAUCAGCAGAUCAUGGCGUCCAUCAUCACCAUCCAGCGCUGGUUCCGCGCCGUGCUGGAGCGCCACCGCUUCCUCGCGCUGCGCCGCGCCAGCCUGCUCAUCCAGGGCGCCUGCAGACAAUGGCUCCAAGCUCGGCACGAGGCCGCGACGAAGGUGCAAGCGUUCUUCCGCGGCAGCCGCGUGCGUCGCUGGUACGUGCGGCUGCGGGACUCCGUGGUGGCCUUCCAGGCCGCCUCGCGCGGGUACCUGCUGCGCCGGCGCCUGCCCGACCGCCGGAGGCUGCCCGCGCCCGCUAACGAGCAUGACAGAAAAGCGCCAAUCGUGUCGGAGACAGACGGCUUCAGCAAACGGCAAAGCAUCGACCAAAUUAGGAAUAUUAUUGAUUUACAAUUGAACAGGCUGAUACAAGAAGAGGCGGAGAGGAAAGAAACGAGAGAAAAACUAAGAGUGACGCAAUCUCUGCCCAUUCCGAGUUUGGAGAAAAAGCGCGAGAUCCUAAUCACGGACGCUACUACCACGCAAGUGACUUACGGCAAGCGAAGAGUCUCCAAAACGCAGAAUAUCACAGAGCAGCCGUUAAAACAAAGUAACUCGAGCGUAAACCAGUCGGAGGCGAACGAAUCGUCCCCAGAUGAGAGCUGGAGUGUGACCACGAACAAGUAUCCGCAGGGGGUCAUCCCCCCCAACAAGAUUACUCCCGAAGACCUGGCCAAUGAGCUGCUCUGGCUUAGGAUAGACCAGAACUAUCUCAUGGCCGAAAAGAAUAAGAUUCGAGAAAGAGAAUUAGCAGAAUCGAUAGCGAGCAGUAGUGAAGAGUACCUGAGGCAAGCCGGCGACUGGAGCCCCGCGGACAGCUCCGACACUAACAGGAGCGGCUCCAGAAGAGGUUCCCCCGCGGUGUACCAGCGCAGCCUGUCGAGCACGACGCUGGAGCCGCCGGCCGCGUCGCCGCGCGCGCUGCUCAGCCUGCCGCCCGUGCGCCGCGAGCCCCGCGACCCGCAGCGCGCCCGCCCCACCACGCAGAUUAAUGCGUGCGCCACUAUGGGUCGCGGUGCGGAGGCCGGGCCGCCGCCGCCCGCCGUGCCGGCGCGCGCCGCCCGCCGCUCGCCGCGCCGCGCGCCCGACCAGCCCGACGCGGACCACAACGACCACCACGACAUCAAGCGUGCGGCGUCAGAGAUGAUGGGUCCGCUGCUGGAGGCGCCGCCGCUGCGCGGCGAGGUGCGGCGCCGCAACUCGGACCCCGAGCCGCGCCCCGCCGACCCGCGCUCCACCGACUACAUCGGGCAGACCACCAACGGCCUCUUCCGGAUCGCGGGACACAGGUUUCGGAAAGGCACCCGGUUCGCGAAAGGCGACAAGUGCGUGUACUGCCACCAGGCGAUCGACGCGUUCGUGACGCAGGGCCAGCGCUGCAUCGACUGCAAGCAGCUGUACCACACCAAGUGCAUCCAGAACAAGGGCGUCAUCACCAUGCCCUGCUCCAGCCCCGUCGCCGCGCCCGGCCGCGGCAGGCACAAAUACAGGAAACCCCACAUGGGCGCUGAGCACAAGAGCUCGUCGAGCACGCACUUCAACCUGACGGGCACGUCCGAGUUCAUGGACCGGACGGACAAGAUCAUCUCGGACGCGAACGAGCUGCACGCCAUGCAGAACUUCAUCACCAAGAAGAUCUUCCAGAUGGAGUCCAGCGAGAAUGAGAAGCAAUCUGAACACAAGAGCUCGUCGAGCACUCACUUCAACCUGACGGGCACGUCCGAGUUCAUGGACCGCACGGACAAGAUCAUCUCGGACGCCAACGAGCUGCACGCCAUGCAGAACUUCAUCACCAAGAAGAUUUUCCAGAUGGAGUCCAUGCCUACUAUACUUUUGGGCGCCGAGCACAAGAGCUCGUCGAGCACGCACUUCAACCUGACGGGCACGUCCGAGUUCAUGGACCGCACGGACAAGAUCAUCUCGGACGCCAACGACCUCCACGCCAUGCAGAACUUCAUCACCAAGAAGAUCUUCCAGAUGGAGUCGAGCGAGAAUGAGAAACAAUCUGAGGUGGACAGGGUAUUCAAGCACGCGCUACGCGAGUUCAAAGACAACCUAGUGGCGACGUACAGCGUGGUGGAGACGCGCGGCUCCGCGCUCAAGUACAAGGACCUGAUCGGCAACUUCCUGCACGUGAUGGAGACGGUGUGCGCGCGCGAGGGCUCCACGCUGUCCAUCACGAUGGGCGUCAACGCCUUCCGCGGGUUCAUGGACGAGUUCAUGAGCCAGCAUGACGUCGACAAGGGGAGGACCAAGCGGAAAAAGGAUAAGAAGAGAAAAGUGGACGAUCCAAUACAGUACAAAGGGCAUACGUUUAUCCUCUCAAUGAUAAACAUACCUACGGAAUGCGAGAUCUGCAAGACGUUCUUCAUGUGGCCCAUCGAGCGGUCGCUCAUCUGCCAGACGUGUAGGCUGGCGUCACACAAGAAGUGCUACAUGAAGGUGCUGCAGUGCCGCAAGGAGGCGGGCGCGGCCUCGGCCGCCAUCGUGGGCGCCGUGGACGCCGGCGGCCGCGAGCAGCUCGGCGUCUGCAAGCGGGGAAAGGUGUUCGGUGUCCCUCUAAGCGAAUUACCGACGGGCGACAGCAACAUCCCGAUAGUCGUGGACCGCCUCAUCACCACCAUCGAGAUGACCGGCCUCUACACCGAGGGGCUCUACAGGAAAAGCGGACUCAGUUCCAAGGUGCGCGAGCUGCGGCGGCUGCUGGACGAGCGGCCGGAGGAGGGCGUGGAGCGGCUGGAGCUGUACGCCGUGCACGUGCGCGCCUCCGUGCUCAAGGGGUUCUUCCGCGACCUGCCCGAGCCGCUGCUCACCUUCGACCUCUACGACGACUUCAUCAUCGCCGCAGACAUCUCCGACCCCGCGGAACGAGUGUCUAGUAUAUUUACGAUUCUAAGAAAGUUACCCAAGCCCAAUUUCGACCUGGUGGAGAGGCUAAUAUUCCACUUGGCGAGGGUAGCUUUAGGAGAAGAAAAUAACAGGAUGGGCCCGAACGCGCUGGCGAUCGUGUUCGCGCCGUGCAUCCUGCGCACGCACAAGGUGCAACCCGCGCAGGACUCGCUGCACGACAUCGCGCGCCAGACCGCCUGCCUCGAGGCCAUCCUCUCCGACAAGAUCCGCACCGUCCGCGGCAUGCUGCAAGACAUCGCGACACUGGACACGGCGUGCCACACGGCCACGGACCGGCUGUCCUCCCUGCGCAGCGCGCAGCCCGAAGAGCGUCGCGAGGAGCGCCUGCUCGUCGGGCACAUCUGCGAGAUACAGAAGGAGAAGGCCAUACUCACCUCCAACCUGCCCACGCUUAUCAGGGCGACGUCGGACGAUGACCUGCUGUCGGCCACGGAGCAGGACGGCGAGUUCGGCAGCACGGACGACCUGAGCGGGCUGUCGGCGCGCUCGCAGCGCCUGCUGCACCGCCAGCUCUCCUCCGACGACCCCAUCAUGGUGUAGCAGCCCCGCGCGCCGGCCACUGUCCGGACUGACCCCGUCAGAUUACACAACUAUCAGCUAGAUGCACAUAAGCGUCGUCAUACCGCCUCAUGCUCGCGCGUGCCGCUUUUAUGACAAAUAACGAACCUGCCGCUACAGCGAGAGGUUACUUUUAGGUAAAUAUUUAGAAAAGUUCUUAUUAGAUGAACGGCAGGACACUGACCUCUGUAUUGUAUUCAGAAUGUACUGAAUGUCCGACGACCUUAAUGUCGUUACAUUGCAAUGACAAGAAAAACUGUUCUUACUAUUGUUUAUUAUUCCAUAAAAUGGGGUGACUUUACAAAAGACCGGAAUACUUUGAUAGAGACAAAUUAAAAUAAAAAGCAUUAUUAUUAAUUAACUGAAUCUAUUUGAAUGAGCGGAAGUUCAUUUACUGGUGCUGCAAAAAAAAUAUUUUGGCCUAAUAAUAAUUCACAGUCACCCCAUUUUAUGGUACACGACUGUUCAAAUUGGUGUCAAGCUCUAUAAGAAUAACCCUAAAUAAAAAAGUAUCAGUCGUUGGAGCUAUAAAAUUCUAUUCUGAAAACUUGAGAGUUUUCAAACUACUCGAUAUUAGAAACUUGUUUUUAGGGGCUUUAUGGUGCGAAAAGCAAUCUUUUGUUUAGUGUAGGGGUUGACGCCCAAAUGUGUACUAUUGAAAUGAAGCCUAUUAGGUUGUGUACAAAACUCAUCCGACCAGUUGCAUCGAUAUUCUUGCCGUGGUACCUUACGCUAUGGUAAGGAGAUGUGUUAGUCAUUAGCGUUGAUGUUUACUCGUACGGUGAAAUGUGAUCAUUGUGUCUUUAUUACGUUAAUGUUCAAAGGGCGUUCGGGACCCGAACGGACGCGCCAUUCUCGGUUCCUCAGUUUGUUAGUAUAUUGACAUCAGAAUGUCUUCAUGUUUGGUUCUGUUAUUCCUACAAGAUGUUGAUGUUUCUCUCGUUAUUGAAGUUACUAUAUUCUUGCCAGUAGUCGAGCCACGAGCAGUCGCGGCCGAAGGCAAUCUAGACGAGUACUUAAAUAGUUAUAGUGAUCUCAUACAUUAAUUUAAAAGUGUAUGGUAAGACUUUAACAUUCCGUUGUGCGUUGACCACACGCGAAACAUUCCACAUUUCACAUAUUAGAGAUUUGAGGCGAAAUGUGUCCACAUAACUAAGUGGAAGAAAACGAAUUAAUAGUUUGUCUCCGGCCGGCAGCGAGCUGAGCUCUGCGGUGAACGUUCUUGAGUGAUUCCUUAUUUUUUUAGUAAGUAUUAAACUCUUUCAAAACUUUAUACAUGUAUUGGGAGUUUUGUUCUUCAAAAUUGUUACCAGAUUUGAAGAAGAAACUAUUCACUAAAACAAUAAAUACAAAUAAAAAAAGUGAAAUACUAUGUUUAAAUAGCCGAGUUCACUCGCGUUGUCGACUGCCCUUGUGUCGCUGCGGCUGACGUAGAAUAGAAAGAGCUUACUCGGGGCGGCGACACGUCGUCCCGCGCGUGUCCAAAUGAUAAUUAUGAAAAGUAUUUUUCAUACAGACUUACCCCCUUAUUCAUAAACGUUUACUAAAGUUGACAAGCCGAUAAUAAUCGUGUGUCCCUUUCCAUCAUACCAAUACGUCGGAAAGGGACAAACGAUUAUUAUCGGCUUGUCAACUUUAGUAAACGUUUAUGAAUAAGGGGGUUUAUCUUUGCACCGACUUUAUAUUUUAAGAUAUAUUUUCUGUCUGUACAUAUGUAAACCUUUACCGAAUAGCAAUAUUGAUUUAUAGUUCGAUGCGAGUAUGUUGGGAAAUGUUAAAUUGAGAUUUUACUUUAUUUAGGCGAUAGUAUUUCGAUUGUGAUUUCAAUUCCGUAAUCGUUAGAAGAAAUAACUAUUUUUAUCAAAUAUUACAGUCAUUAUAUUUUUUACUCUGAAACUUGUUUUAACUGUGCUGUUUCCAUUUUUAACAUGAUCAUGCUUAAUUAUAUUAACCAUUUUAGUUGUGUACUUCCGCCAUGACAUGCGCAGUCAGGUUGCCAUAUACGACUACACAAACAGAUUACUUACUAGUAAAUGUACCUACUUCACUUCAUACUUUUAAUUUCGCUUCAUUAUCUAAAGACUGUCUAUUCAUAAGCUAUUGAAUUUAUUAUUAAGUCACAAAUAUUUUACCUGCUUUCUAAUAACUUAGUCAACUAUUAUACAACGAAUAUCUGAGAAAUUUAUCAUUUAACUAUAUUUAUAUAUUCAUGUUGUACCUUUGACCAAGACGAGGUAUGUCGCUCAAUUAUAUUCAGGAUGGCGCUUUUUAUUAAGUUUAAUUUGCAUCGGUAAUACAACGUUUAUUAUGCCAUAAUAUCCGUUUAGAAUCUCAAAAGGGCAAUGACUUAUUUAUAAAUUAGUAGAAAUUAAUUCUUUAGACACGUUAUGUUAAAAAUUAAGUGCAAAGCAUUGGGGUCCUACGUCGCCAGGGCGACGCCGUCGAAACUGCGUGUAUUUUCUGUGCCUUUUAUAUUUUGUGAGAAUUGCAAUCAUUGGCGUGUAUUUUGUUGUUGGUGCUCACUGUGGUGUCGAUACUCCCAGUAAAAUUAUAUUUUAUCGCUACCCUGUUAAAUGGAUAUUAAGUUUCAUUUCUAGGUAUUUUGUAGGAUUCCCCAAUUUUAAAACUACCUUGAGCAAUGGGAACAUACUAUACUCAUAGGUCAUUUUAACAUAAAGUUAUGCGUUUUGUAUAGAAUUAUAAUUAUUGUACGAUUAAACCCUAUGGACACUUUAGAAGUGUGUGUAAAUUAAGUUUCUUUUAGUAUUUUUUAAUUAUGUAAAUAUUUUUAUUAGUUUUUAAAACGAUUUUAGCAAAGUACCACAUUUUAUCUAAGAAACUGCUAAAACUCUUUAUUACGUAAACAAUUUAGUUUCUAAAAGUGCCUAUCAAUUUUAUUGUUCCAUAAGUAUAUGCCCUUCAGGUGCCUAUAUAAAAAAAAUAGCAAAAUUAAAUUUUUAUCAGAAUAUAGUCAUUAACGAAUGUGUUGAGGUGGCCUGCUCGGAGGCGUUACGUCGUUGUUGAUCCUGUUGCUGUAGUGUUACGUAUGGCCUGUCAAUGUCUACUACCAACUUAUCAUGUACCUAUCAUGUCUAAUGUAAAUUUAAAACGCGCUUUGGCCAUUCUGUUGUGUCUAUCGCUUGUGGCAAAUAGCAUUCUAUAUAUUUAAACAAAUAUUUGACAUGAUAUUACUUUGAUAUUAUACCAAUUAUUAAAUAUGAUCUAGAGGUGUUUGUUUAGUAUGAUUAGUGUGCUAAGGACCAAUACUAUGCCGUUCAAGUUUGGUUAGAUCAUAUUUCUGUAUGCUAUUUGACUGUGAACAUCCUAUGUAAUUGUUAAUCUUGUAAUAUACUAAUAACAUGUAUAUUGUUCAAUUUAUUGUUAGGGAUCCUAUAAUGUGUCAAUAUAAUGAAUGUAACCAAAAUGUUAUACUGUAUACAAACUAUGAAAAAAUAAAAAUUGCUGUGGAAUCAAA